AUGGAGUUCCUGCAAGGGCAGAGGCUGGAGACCACGGUGGCCGUCGCGGUCGCCGUCGCCGCCGUCGCCGCCGGCGCCGCCUACCUCUUCCUCCGCAGUAGGAAGCCCAGGGGCUGCCUGGACCCCGAGAACUUCAAGGAGUUUAAACUUGUUGAGAAGAGGCAACUGAGUCAUAAUGUUGCCAAGUUCAAGUUUGCGCUUCCAACACCUACUUCUGCAUUGGGUCUUCCAAUCGGACAACAUAUAAGCUGCAGAGGACAGGAUGCUGCUGGCGAGGAAGUGAUCAAGCCUUAUACUCCAACUACUCUGGACUCUGAUCUUGGAUCAUUUGAGCUUGUUAUAAAGAUGUAUCCCCAAGGAAGAAUGUCUCAUCAUUUCCGUGAGAUGAAAGUUGGUGAUUAUCUGUCUGUGAAGGGACCUAAGGGCCGUUUCAAGUACCUACCUGGACAAGUGAGAGCAUUUGGAAUGAUAGCUGGAGGAUCAGGCAUUACUCCAAUGUUCCAAGUCACAGGGGCAAUUCUUGAGAACCCAAAAGACAAUACGAAAACUCCAUCGACUCUUAACCUGAUAGCAGUUAUAUACCUGUAUGUAGAAUGGUCUGGUUCAAUUGAUGAUGCCUAUUUGGAAGAGCUUGACAGUAUGGCCAAAAACUAUCCCGAUCGUUUCAAGAUCUACUAUGUCUUGUAUCAGCCUCCUGAAGUCUGGGACGGUGGUGUCGGGUUCGUGUCAAAGGAAAUGAUCCAGACUCAUUGCCCAGCGCCUGCUGCUGACAUUCAGGUAUUGCGAUGUGGCCCUCCUCCCGUGAACAAAGCCAUGGCUGCGCACCUGGACGAUCUCGGCUACACGAAGGAGAUGCAGUUCCAGUUCUGA